AUGGCCCUAGCUGAAGUUAAAAGGGAAGGUGCUAAUUAUGACAAUCCAAAUGAAGCAGAUGACAUUCAUUUGAUGAAUGAAAGUCGGGCGGAACCUUAUCAUGGUUGCGAAACUAGUCCGAGCAAUGAAGAAGCAACCAACAUGAACGUUGAAGAUGGCGGAGCCGAUGUGAAAAAAGAAAUGGUUGACGAUGCUCAUCGCAAUGACAUGGUUGGUGAUGUUGAACGUGCUAUUCUGGAACAGAAAUUUGAUUCGGUCGAAGAUGGAGAAGCUUUCUACAAUGCGUAUGCUAAAGCCAAGGGAUUUAGUAUACGAAAAUCCAGAUUUAACACAAAUAAAGAGGGAAAGGUCGUUAGUAGGCUGUGGUUAUGUUCAAGGGAAGGUCAGAGAUUACCAAAAUACUUGGACCGUGUUGCUGAGAAGAGUAGAGCUCCCAAGGCACUAACAAGAGUAGGUUGCAAAGCCCAAUUUCGCAUACGGUAUGAUGCAGAUGCUGGUGAAAGGGGAAAGUAUGUUGUGACUCACUUCGUCGCAAACCACAACCAUGAAUUGGCGGAACAACACUGUGUGAUGUAUCUGAGGUCACAUCGCACUUUAAACAGCGCUGACAAAGCUCAAGCAAUGGCUAUGCGCAACGUCGGUGUGAAGACUAGCCAAAUCAUGGACUAUAUGGUAAAUCAAUCCGAGUCUUAUGAGAAUGUUGGUUUCAUCCGUACGGAUCUACACAACCAUAUUCAAGCCGAACGUAGAGUUGAAGUUGAGGAUGGUGAUGCGCAAGAUUCAAAAUCGCGGGCCGAGUACGCAAUGUUUGGUGAUGUGUUGAUAUUUGACUCAACUUAUAGAACCAAUGCAUACAAAAAACCUUUUGUCAUGUUGGCUGGUGUGACUAGCCACUUUAGGACCACGAUAUUUGCAUGUGUUUUGCUAGCUAAUGAGACAAGUGAGAUAUAG